AUGGAAGUGGGUGCAGUUUAUAAGCAUAGGAAAGCGAAGCUAGAAGUCGAAAUGAUUCUUUUACUGGAAAUUCCUGAGAAUCUAGCAAAGCAGAAUAUUCAAAAGAAUGUUGUAGAAGAAGUGACUGACAUGAAAGAAUUUAAAAAGCUUCUUCGAACAAAGAAUAAUGUUCUUGUAUGUUUCAUAAGCUCUUUAAAGCAUUCAUCAGCUACUGUGAAGGUUUUCAGGGAGGCUGCAGACUCCAUAAAGGGUCAAGGAACAAUGUUAUUGGUAGAUUGUUCAGGAGAAGCAAAAAAAUUGUGCAAGAAAUUGAAGGUAGCUCCAGAAGGUUUUGUUUUAAAACAUUACAAAGAUGGUGACUUCCAUAAAGACUACGAUCGGUUGAUGACUGUUCAGUCAAUGGUUAAUUUUAUGAGAGAUCCAGCAGGAGAUAUUCCUUGGGAAGAAGAUACAACUGCUGUGGAUGUUGUUCAUCUUCCUGAUGCGUCAAGCCUUUCACGUUUUCUUCGAAAAGAAAUACGCCCUACCAUGGUGAUGUUCUAUGCUCCAUGGUGUGGUUUUUGUAAGCAAUUGAAACCUGAAUAUUCAGCUGCUGCAACAGAAUUGAAAGGUCAUUCUGUUUUGGCUGCCAUAGAUGUGAACAGGCCUGAGAAUUCCUUUUUAAGACAACAUUACAACAUUACUGGCUUUCCGACUCUUCUUUAUUAUGAGAGUGGAAACAAAAAAUUUGUUUAUGAAGGUGAAAACAACAAAAAUGCAAUUGUUACAUUUAUGAAAAAUCCAUCAAAGCCUCCUGAGAAACCUAAAGAAACAGAAUGGUCAGAAACAGACAGCCUUGUAGUACAUUUAACUACAGAAAAUUUUGACAAAGUUAUUAAGGAAGAACCUUCUGUGUUAGUGAUGUUUUAUGCUCCGUGGUGCGGGCAUUGCAAGAAAAUGAAACCUGAAUAUGAGAAAGCUGCCGAACGCCUCAAGGAAGAAAAGAUUCCCGGAAUUUUAGCUGCACUAGAUGCCACAAAAGAAUCUACAAUUGCAGGUCGAUUCAAUAUAAGAGGAUAUCCUACAGUGAAAUACUUCAAAAAUGGAGAAGUUGCCUUCGAUGCAAAUGUAAGGGAUGUAUCAAAAAUAGUUGAAUUUAUGCGUGAACCACGGGAACCACCACCACCUCCUCCACCAGAGCAGCCUUGGAGCGAUGAAGUGUCUGAAGUUGUGCAUCUUACUGAUGAAACAUUCAAACCAUUUCUCAAAAAGAAGAAACAUGUCUUAACUAUGUUCUACGCACCAUGGUGUGGUCAUUGCAAAAAGGCAAAACCUGAAUUUACAAGAGCAGCUGAAAAAUUCAAAGAUGACCCGAAAGUUGAAUUUGCAGCUGUAGAUUGUACAACAUUUUCAUCCAUCUGUAGUACAUUGGAUGUAAAAGGUUAUCCUACUUUCAAAUAUUUUCAUUAUUACAAUAAGGAAACGCGUAGUUACAAUGGAGGUCGAAUGGAAAAUGACUUCACAAAUUUUAUGAAUGAUCCUUUGAAAGUUAGUGCACCACCAGACUCAGGUGAUAGUUGGUCCCAUUUGGAAGGUGCUGAAUUUGUACCUUUACUAACUGAUAGCACUUUUGAUACUCAACUGAGAAGCGGACAACCAAUGCUUGUGAUGUUUUACGUUCCUUGGUGUGGUUACUGUAAAAGACUAAAGCCGGAGUUUAGUUUGGCAGCAAAACAAUUAAAGGAUGAAGGUGUACCUGGGAUCUUAGCUGCUGUGGAUGUACAAUCUAAUACAGCAUUACAAGAGCGUUACGAUAUAAGAUCAUUUCCGACUCUGAAAUAUUUUAAAGAUGGAAAAUACGUUACCGAUUACAAUGGUAAUAGAGUGAUUUCAUCACUAAAAGAUUUUUUGCGAUCACCUACAAAGUCACAGAAUGAUAAGAAAAAAGAUGAGCUUUGAAGUUUUCAGUGCUCUGUUAAGGAAAAGAGCAUACCAUCCACUUCUCAAUUUAAGUAUAGCAAAUCAAGAAGGCUGUGCUAAACUUUAGAAGAACAGAAGAAUCUCUCCACAAGUGAUCUGUUGAAAUGGUUAUCAUUCUUCAUUUGAAGAUAACAGCAAGGCAUUGAGAGUGUAGUGAAUUUUGAAUUUAUAUAAAUUUUUAAUUGAUAAGAGAAGACAAUAUUGAAGGUACUGAGAGAAUCUAAUGAAGAUAAUUAGUUGAGAUUGAUAAUUAGUUGCUAAUAAACUUGUCAGAGAUCAUAGAUCUGAAAACUUAGGAACUGCUUUCUUUCAUUUUUAUUUUGUUGAAAUGCUUUUUGUAUUGUAGAUGAAUAAAUACAUGUAUCUAAGAGACAGCGGAAAAUAUCAGAAAGGCAUUUGUUUAAAAUAAUUUUAUUACUACUUUUUGACAAUAACAUGUUAAGGUCUUACAAAGACAGCUGUAUUCAUGAUUUAAAAGUAGAUUGACAUUUGUAGUAAAUCUGACAGGUUUCUAGGCAUAUAUCCCUUGUUUUGGGAUGAAUUAAUACUAUAUUAAUAUAUUGAUGAAAGUUUGAAGCCACAAAAAGAAAGUUGCUCAUGAAGUAAAAUUGAUUAGAGGUACCUCAAAUGUUUUGCUCUUAUCCGGUAGGUAUCUGUAGAACAUUUGCAUAUGGAGAGUUGGCCAAGAGUAUGAAAAGACUUAUGAAUUUUUCGACUUAUGAAUUUUCUUUCCUUUGAUCAUGCCCUCUGACUUGGGUGUUUACAUACCUGUUGGCAUGGAAACGUUGAGUAGAAUUGACACUACUAAUGUACCGAGGAAGAAGGAUGAGUGAACUAUAUAAUUGUUCUUUGAAGUAGAUGAUAAUUGCUUCACUUGAUAAUGGCAGAAACUUUCCAAAAAUAUGACCAUGUAAGGAUCAUUGAAAAGGUGCUCGUAGAACCACGUAAUUCAGAUAAUGGAAAAUCAGUGAAGGGGCUACUACUCUAUGAUCUGAAUCGCACAUUUCGUUGUUAUCUUACUUUUACUAAUCGCAAGGCAUGUAUAUCACUUUGUUGCUUCUUUCCUAGAGCCAUCAAUUAUGUGAUACAUGCAACAAACUAUAAACUACUCAUUACAAAAAACUUUCUUUGUUUCGUUACAUUUCUCUUCAUCAUUUUCAUUAAUCCCGUCAGUUCUUGCCAUUGUAUUUUAUGUCGUUGUUUAGUUGUUUUCAUUUAUAUUAUUGUGAAAAAAUAUAAAUAUGUUGCUAGAGUUCUUUUAUAACAAUAAUUUUCAGAGUACAAAUUUGUUAAUCUUUAUUUCAACUUUAAAAAUUAGUAAGCUGUGGAUUUAUAGACACGAAAAACUGUAGAAAUAGGGAGGUAAAAUAAGCAUUUAAAAUUAUAAAACUUAGCACUUAAAAAUGUAAAAUAGGCAUUUAAAUUAGUACUAUACAUUUUUCUUAUCCUUAUUACUUGUUUAGCAAGUUUCUGAAGGUAACAUAAUAUAGUUACAUUCAUGAAAUUUUUGUUUUCAUCACUACUCUGACUAAUUUUUGUAAAAAUUCUUUCUAUCAUUGUCAGGGAAAUUCAGCCAAAAAGGGCUGGAUCACAGAAGCUACCUUUUAGCUUUUUAUUAAAUGCAAGCUGAU